CAUAAUGGAGCGGAUAUUAGAUGGAUUAGGAGUAGUGAAUCGAGGAAGGAGGUUGUGUGUGCCCAAAGGGAUGAGUAUGGUUGCAAAUGGAAGGUUUAUGGUAGUUGGUUCCGUGGACAAGAAACAUUCACGGUGAAAGCUUCUGGACCAGACCAUAGUUUCCCUCGAGCGAUUCAGAUUUGUGCGGCGGGUUACAAGUGGAUCGCAUCUGAGUACCUCGAGGUUUUUCGGGUAAAUCAAGCAUGGAAUGUCAACUUAAUAACUGAUGAAUUGAAGACCAAACACAAUCUUUCGGAGUAUCACAACACUAGAAGAUGUCCUAUGAAUGUUGGUAUUCAGGCUCCUCAUGUCGGCUCAUCCCGUAGGAAUGUAACAGAUAGGGAAAUGAGAAUGACAAUGCAAGGAAUUGGAACCUAUAUUGAUGAGAACACCAUCAACAUGUAUGCUAGGCUAAGUACGUGGGUUCCAGAGAGUGCUGGAGGUGUGCAACCCACUGCACCAGACUGUCCUGUUGUAGGUGCUAGCCACCUACUACUCAGCCAGAGGUGCCUUAGG